AAAAAAAUAAUAUUAGAAGACAAUAAACAUAAAUGCGGUAUUUAUAGAUGGGUGAAUAAAAUAAAUGGUAAAAGUUAUGUUGGAAGUUCCGUUAAUUUAAGUUCACGUUUGUCAAGUUAUUUAUCUAUAAAUUACCUAACUAAAAGAGCAUAUAUAUAUAAUAGUAAAAUAUAUAAUGCCUUGUUGGCUUAUGGAUAUAAUUACUUUCGUCUUGAGAUAUUAGAGUAUUGUGCUAGAUCUAAUGUUAUUAAAGUAGAACAAGAUUGUAUAGAUAGAUGUAAACCUGAAUAUAACAUAUUAACUAAAGCAGGAUCUAGUUUAAAUUUCAAGCAUUAUAAACAAACAUUAGACAAAUUCAAAUCCCGUAUAUUAAGUGCUGAAGAUUUAUCUAACUUAAAAAAAGCAAAAAUUGCUGCAACUUUAUCUCCUUUAGCUAAAGCUAAUCAGUUAUUAGCUACAUCUCAUACUAUUACUAUUUACCUGCGGUAA